ACUAUCCGGUUUUAAAUUUAGAAACAAAUAGUUGAUAUUUCUGUAGAAUAUUCGUAAUCCCUGUUCACCAGAACUGAAAGCCGAGAGAGAAUUGAUCCAUGGCUGGAACAUGGUUGGUGGAUGGUAACAGGAUUGCAACAAAAAUCAGGAGUGCAUCUGAUCCUGAAAGGGCGACAUGGAAAAGCAACCCUACCAGAUCUUGUCCUAAUUGCCAUCAUAUUAUUGACAAUAGUGAUGUGAAUCAAGAAUGGCCAGGGUUACCUCGAGGUGUCAAAUUUGAUCCAUCUGAUCAAGAGAUCAUAUGGCAUUUACUUACAAAAGUUGGUGUGGAAGAUUCAAAACCCCAUCCUUUCAUUAAUGAAUUUAUUCCAACCAUUGAAAAUGAUGAUGGUAUCUGUUAUACACAUCCCCAAAAAUUACCAGGGGUUAGGGAAGAUGGAAGUGUGUCCCACUUCUUUCAUCGAGCUAUCAAAGCUUACAAUACUGGAACACGGAAACGUCGAAAGAUCCAUGGAGAUGAUUUUGGUGAUGUCCGCUGGCAUAAGACUGGUAGGACAAAACCAGUGUUGUUGGAUGGUGUUCAAAGAGGAUGCAAGAAGAUUAUGGUUCUGUAUAUUACCCCGGCCAAAGGUGGAAAAGCGGAGAAGACUAACUGGGUGAUGCACCAAUAUCAUCUAGGAACUGAGGAGGAUGAAAAAGACGGGGAGUACGUUAUUUCUAAAAUAUUUCAUCAGCAGCAACAGCAACAAACCAAACAGGGUGAUAAAACUGAGCCGGAUUUACCUGAAAUGACUGAUUCAGUGACUGUUAAAGUAGAUCCUGUGACUCCCAAGUCUGUGACACCUGACCCUCCACGAACAGGGAGGCAAUGCCACGAAUAUGACCAAGGACAGGACUAUGCAGUUUCUUGCAUCAACCCCCCUGCUCAGGAUUUUUCAGCAAAGCAUCCUACAAUGCAGUAUGUUGAAAAAGUUCCAGCUGAAUGUGAAAAUUCCAGUCAAGAUGAUCUACCUGGUCAAGAAAACCUUGCUAAUCAGAUGUUAGAUAAUGAUGAUAAUAAUGACAAUGAUAAUCAUGCCGAUGAAGUUCAAGCUGAAUGUGAAAAUUCCAGUCACGUUGAGCUACCUGGUCAAGAAAACCAUGAUAACCAGAUGUUAGAUAAUGAUGAUAAUAAUGACAAUGAUAAUCAUGCCGAGGAAGAUUCAAAAUGGUGGGAUGGUGAAUCACAGUUUUUGUUGGAUUCACAACAGCUAGUGGAAGGGCUCUCUCUUUGUGAUGAGCUCCUUCAGAGCCAGUCACCAAAGAGGGAUGCUAAUGAUAAUGAUGGAAUACCAGAUUGCAAUCCCCGUCUUUCUGAUUAUGCUCAUCUGGGAGCAGAACAUCUCAAGAAGGAUCUGGAGGAGUUUCAAAACCUUGAAGAUGAUGACCCAACAAACAUAGAACUCGAUACACCACCAGAGUUCCGCCUGAGUCAGCUUGACUUUGCAUCACAGGAUAGCUAUAUUGCUUGGGGUUGGAGCAAAGGUGACUGACUGAAUACGUGUCAUGAAUCAUGGAGAAGCACGUUGUAGAAUAUUUUGCGAAAACUUUACCUUAUCAAUCUUUCAUUAUUUUGGGGCUAUCUCUACUGUAAAUUUUGGUGGGAAGCUUGAACCAUGUUUAGUAUUGGUCGAGAUACUCAACCUUGUGGAGGUUGC